UGAUACAACAGGCGGGAAAAUGGCAGCGGAGGCGAAGCGUUUGUGAAUGAGCACGAAUAAAUUAGCUAAACGUUCAUUAAACUAUCACGAGUGUUACUUUUAAACAAGCUUCUCUUCUGUUAGCUAAUCGACCAGUCUUCACUAUGGCACCUAUCACAAUUAAACACGUUGUCUCAUUCACGUCGCAGGACCCCAAGAACUGCGUGGAGAAUCUCUGUGAGCACACUGGAGCUAGCAAGCCGUGGCUGUGUGGUAAACAAGACUGCGGCGGAGUGCUCAAAGCAGAGCUGCAGCUGGAGAGAGCCUCUACCAUUGGCUUCAUGGAUGUUGGAAACUAUGGCUCUGCAUUCAUACAGGUGGAUGUAGGACGCUCCUCGUGGCCAUUAGACCAUCCUUAUGUCACGCUGUUACCCACUGCAACCCUGAUGAGUCCAGCUGAUUCGCGACAGGGAAAAGGCCGGCAGGGUGUGCGCAUGUUCAAAAAAGCUGAUUUUCUGCCUCAGGCUGCUGGGGAGAGCUGGGACAGGCUGCAGGUCACCUGCACUCAGCCAUUCAAUAAACGCUCUCAGUUUGGCCUGUUUUUUCUGCGCCUUCGCACUGCAGAGGAACACACUGAGGAGGUUUCAGCUCAUCAGGAGGACACUGAAAACCAGGGCACACCAGAUAAGAUACAGUCUGUGAGAGAGUGGCUUACCAGCCCUGCAGUACAGCAUACCUUCUUUGGGCGUAAAACAGGAGAAAACUCUCCAGCAGGAGAUCAAAGGAAUCGUGGGAGUUUGAGCAGGGCAGAGCGAAUGGUAACAGCUGCCCAGUCCACCAAGCGGUCUAUAGACAUUGAACCCCACAACACUAAGAGUAAAGCCAGUACUCCUCAAGAGCAUAGAAGACAGUCAAAAACAAGGCAGGAGCAGACAACCAUGAUGCCUACUCCAAAGAGAUCCAGAUUGGAGUGUGAGAAUUUGUCAUCUAGACAUGGGGAAAUAAGUACACCAAGCAAAACUGUCAAAAAGAAGGAAAUGAGCCCUUUCAAACACAGCCCUGUCAAAAUUCCUAUACAAACUCCUAUACAGAACAUUCCUGACCACCCAGAGCCUUUUGAGUCUGGAUGCCCAAUAUGUGGAGUGUCUUUUAGCCCGCUCUAUUUGCCUUUUCAUGCUUCCUCGUGUCUGGAUUCUGGCUCAGUUGGGCUAUUGAGUGACACAGAGACAGAAAUCAUGCCCUUUUCACCCUCUCCCCCACCUUUCAGUACCAGCAGAGAUGAACUUAUGGUGCCGUGUCCUUUGUGCUCCUUCAGGUUCCCUAUAGACUGCAUUGAGCAGCAUGCCAGUACCUGUGGUGAUACUGUAUGGGUAGACUCUUUUUUUGCCAUAAUGGAAAACCUCACGCCAGAGCAAUGGAGGGAGAUUGUGAACAAGAAGCUGCGUUUCCCCCCAGAGCUGAUCAGUGCCAUCCAGGAGGGGAACAUGGUUAUGAUUAGUGGGCUCCUGAAGACAGGGGAUGGCAUCAUCCGUCAGCUGGAAGAGUCUGAGGACAGGCAAUGGAGAGAAGCUCUGAACCUGUCCAUCAGGCUGGGCAACGAGGACACCAUGGUCGCCCUGCUUCAGGGGGUGAAGUUUGACUUUCGACAGAUCCAUGAAGCUCUGUUGGUGGCAGUGGAUACCAACCAGCCUCGCAUUGUGAAGCGCCUCCUGGACCGACUGGACCAAGAAAAAGGAAACAAGAUGGACGUGCGCUCUUUCUCCCAGGCCAUUUUUGACCAUUCUAUUGACGACUCUCAGUUUGCCCCUGGAGUGACCCCAUUGACGCUGGCCUGCCAGAAGGAUCUGUACGAUAUUGUGAACAUGCUUACACAGAAAGGCCACAUCAUCCCUUGGCCACACAAAGUCUCCUGCUCUUGCCUGGAGUGCCGAAAUGGCCGCCAGUAUGACUUGCUCAAAUUCUCCCUGUCACGCAUUAACACCUACCGUGGCCUUGCCAGCAGGGCCUACCUGUCCAUUACCUCUGAGGAUGCCAUGCUCAGCGCCUUCCACCUGAGCCGUGACCUUCGCAAACUCUCCAAGAAGGAGCCUGAGUUUAAGCCUCAGUAUAUUGCCCUUGAGGAGUUGUGUCAGGAGUUUGCUGUGGAAUUGCUAGGAAUGUGCCGGAAUCAGAGUGAGGUCACCACCAUUUUGAACAGCUCUGGGGUUGAUGAUGAUGACAGUGAAGAUGAGUUUCAUGAUCAAGCAUUUGAGGAAGGCAUACCAAACCUGGCCCGUCUGCGACUUGCUGUCAACUACAACCAGAAACAGUUUGUAGCCCACCCAAUCUGCCAGCAAGUGCUCUCUUCCAUCUGGUGUGGACACUUGCCGGGCUGGAGGGGCAGCAGGACAGCCUGGAAACUCUUUGUGUCUUUGGGGAUCUUUAUCACCAUGCCCUUACUCUGCCUCAUCUACUGGAUUGCACCAAAGUCCAAGGUGGGGAAGAUUUUGAAGAUUCCAGUGAUCAAAUUCCUCCUUCACUCUGCCUCAUAUUUGUGGUUCCUCAUCACAUUGUUAGGGGAAUCUCUCACCAUGGAGAGGUAUCGGGACUCGUUUGCAUCCAGGCAGCCGAACAUUUUGCACAACUCUUUGCAUAUGGUGUGGGUCGCUGGGUUCUUCUGGUUUGAAUGUAAGGAGGUGUGGAUUGAGGGGCUGCGGAGCUACUUCCUGGAUUUGUGGAACUGUCUGGAUAUGAUGGUGCUCAGCAUGUAUUUGGCUGCCUUCACCCUGCGAGUGGUCAUCAUGCUCAAAGGCCAUUUCCUGUGUCUGUCACCUGGAACAGAGGAGGAAUGUGUCUACUUCACUCAGACUUUGCGUGAUGACUGGCGCCAGGAGGACCCUCAGCUGAUAGCCGAAGUGCUUUUUGCCGUGACCAGUAUGCUCAGUUUCACACGUCUGGCCUACAUCUUGCCUGCACAAGAGUCUCUAGGAACCCUGCAGAUCUCCAUGGGGAAAAUGAUUGAUGACAUGAUAAGGUUCUUGUUUAUUCUGAUGAUCAUCGGUACAGCCUUUCUGUGUGGAAUCAACAAUAUCUACGUCCCUUAUAUCGUCUCUCCUCAGCUUGGAAGGUUUAAUGAGACCUUCCAGUUUCUGUUCUGGACAAUGUUUGGUGUCGUCAACAAGGAGUAUGUGGAUAUGCCUGACUUUAUUGUGGCGGAGUUCGUGGGUAGAAUCCUUUAUGGUAUCUUCACGCUUCUCAUUGUCAUUGUGCUGCUGAACAUGCUCAUUGCCAUGAUCACAAACUCUUUCCAGAAGAUUGAGGAUGAUGCUGAUGUGGAGUGGAAGUUUGCCCGUUCUAAACUGUAUCUUAGUUACUUCAGAGAGGGCCUCACUAUGCCUGUUCCCUUCAACAUCAUUCCCUCACCAAAAGCUUUCUUUUACCUCGUACGAGGAAUUUUCAGAAGAAUCUGUUGCUGUUGCAAAUUUAAUUCAACCCCAGACUAUCCACCUAUUGCCUCUAUGUCAAAUGGAUCUAUGAAGGAUGAUGGAGGCGUAGAAGAAAAAAUGUCCUACAGACAGCAGGUCAUUUGUGCUCUGGUGCAGCGCUACAUUGAGUCUGCAAGGAGGGAGUUUGAGGAAACAAAGCGCAAAGAUGUUGGAAAUCGGGUGACAGAGCUUAGCAAAGUAGUUGGACGGUUGCACACUGAGAUGAAACAAAUUCAUCAGACCCUGUUAGAUACAGAAGCGGCCAAAAUGGAUCCUUCAGAGAAAAGUACCUCUGUGCUGGGGAAGUACAUAAGGGGGGCCAAAAACAACUUUCGGGGCUUUGACAGCAGCGGACCAUCAGAAAGUAGAAGCACACCUCUACUGGUGAAUGUACACGAACAAGACCCUGGUCUGGAACCUGACAGCGUGGAGCAGAAAGAUGCAGGAGGGGACAAUGUCACAGAAGUCAAUGAGGAGGACGCCAGCAGUGAUCAGACAGUGGUAGAUAUGAAGAAUAGUGUAUCUGGUGAGGAAGAGACUGGAAGUGGAGAUGGAGAGGGUGAGACAGAGGAUGAGACAAAGAAGAUGGAGGAGGGGAGAGUUAAUGAAGGGACGUCUGAGGAGUUUGACAUGUCUGAAGUAAACGUGGUCAUUGAGAGAGGAACUGGGAUUGUGAGUUUUAUGGCUAAGCAGAUAGAGGAGAGAAACAACGGACAAGAGAUUUCAGGUUUCAGUGGCAACAAGGCAGCUUCUCCCACUGACAGCAGUGACUCACAUGACACUGGUUUUGGAUCUGAGGAACUAGAACUUUCAGAUAACAGCCCUUAAUAAUCUCAACAGUCUGCAAGCUAUUAUUCUGUUCUAAAAUGAUCUUGCUAUAAAUGAGCAUAAGAAAAAUGUUAACAUUAUUUAAAUUUACUGCAUUUGUACAAAGUUUGAGGACACCUUUCUUUUGAAAUUUUCUGAAGAAUGUUGGACUUUAAUUACACUUAAGUGAGAAAAAUGAUUUGGAGAGGAAAGGGGCAUUUAAGUUAGUGUGGGAGGAGUUUAAAAGGUUUGAGAUAAUUGACAAAAAGCUCUAGGAUGUCCCAGAACAAGACAGAAAGGCCAUGGCAGAGGGAUGCUUGGUGUUAUGUUUAUAUAUGUUAUUAUAUUGUGUGCACCAAUUAAAGCUGCUAGGGUUUUUUUUUUGUAUUUAUUGCCACAAAUAUGGACACAGAAUAUUGUCUUUAAAAUAAACCUAUAUGUCUUUAAUGUUAUUGUGAAGAAACAGAAAGCAUGUUUGUAAAAAUAUUUCAAAGGCAUGGUGUCCCCAAACUUUUGACAGGCAGUGUGUAUGCAAACAAAAAAAAUGAGGUACCUGAAACUCUUCCAUUACUACCAGUUGAAUGUUUAGAAGUGUCAGCAAAAAUCUACCAUGCAUUGUGUAGCAAAACUAACAACAUACUAUGACUCGAUACUUACAGUUCCUCU